AUGUCCCUUACAUUGGGGGUCAGUGGGAAGAAUGUCCCUUACAUUGGUGGUCAGUGGGAAGAAUGUCCCUUACAUUGGGGGUCAGUGGGAAGAAUGUCCCUUACAUUGGGGGUCAGUGGGAAGAAUGUCCCUUACAUUGGGGGUCAGUGGGAAGAAUGUCCCUUACAUUGGGGGUCAGUGGGAAGAAUGUCCCUUACAUUGGGGGUCAGUGGGAAGAAUGUCCCUUACAUUGGGGGGUCAGUGGGAAGAAUGUCCCUUACAUUGGGGGUCAGUGGGAAGAAUGUCCCUUACAUUGGGGGUCAGUGGGAAGAAUGUCCCUUACAUUGGGGGUCAGUGGGAAGAAUGUCCCUUACAUUGGGGUCAGUGGGAAGAAUGUCCCUUACAUUUGGGUUCAGUGGGAAGAAUGCCCUUACAUUGUGGUGAGGUUCAUUGGAGGUCCAUGGAAGAAUCCCUCUACAUUGGGGACUCAGUGGGGAAGAAUCCUCAGAUAGCUUAAAUAAUCAUUGGUGUCAAUGGUUUCCUAUCGGAGAGGCAGAAAGUUCCCUGGUCCAGGCCUCACAUUGUAGACCAUGGGGCAAAUUUUUUUGGCACCUCUCCAGUUCAU